AUGUACGACGACUCUUCGCUUGUCAACAAGCUGGAUUCGGCAGUGCCAGCGCCAUUGGCCGAGUUCGAUGCUUUCCCCAAGCUUCUGUCAGAUGAGCUACACCUGAGUGGUGUGAUGGCGCACAACCAAUCUUCACAUCACUCUCUUGGCCAUGGUUAUGCCAGCUAUGAACAUGUAGACCAUAACCAGAUGAACCUCUUGCACGUCAUCACAGCCUUCUCAUUCAGGCCCCAUUUCCCCGACAUCACCCAACCAUUGGACGACUCUUUCGAAUCCACAGACGAACGUUUCGUAGCAUAUCGAUACUUCUUACACGUCGUCCUGGCAACCUACAUCGCCCUUCAAAUAUACAAAGUCCGUGACUUUUCUUGAAUAGCGCCGGCCGGACCUGGUUCAAGACCCAAUUUGCGGGACCGCCCCCGUCCUGGAUAGAAGUAGGCAGUCUACGCUUUGGCUGCCUCCAACCAGCUAUAAGCCCAGUUCUCCGCCCUUUUCUAAAGCAUUUCGCGACAAGCCAACGAGCGAAGCGAAUAGGAUGGAUGCAACGAACAUCAAACACUGCACCCCUUCUUUGUGCUCCUCGUGUUUCUUGAAGGCACGCACACCACCAGCAAUGGCGACGACCCCUGUAGCCAAACCACCGGCGAUAUAUUCCAUGAAGAGAGUUUGACCGGGGAGUAUACGAUGGGAAGGACUCCUAGUACGGACGAACAUGAAGGACUGACGCGAGCUUUCCGCCUACUCCGAACACUGCGAUUAGUACCAAUGGAAAUGGGAGUGGGGAUAUAAGCUGUCUGCCGAAGAGACCGACACCUGUUGGGCCUAAGAGGGACGGUUGACGAGGAUGGGGAAGAGCCGAUAUUGGGUACUACUACCAUCCUGUAGAUAUAUGUAUUGGGCUCCUUCUCGCUUUGAAGAUCUUCAUUG